CUUCUCUUCACCUCGAGACCUGUUCUGUGCUCGAGACACGCAGAGUUCUGCUGUAGUUUAGAACUCUACGACAGCUGGAGUGAUGAAACGCGCUCGGAGGCGUGCAGGUAAUGCCAGAUUCCCAUGGCUUCUGUUUUGUAACUAUAGUGUGGAAAUAUUUCACCUGGGUCCAUAAUUCCACAUCAGAGUCCAAAUGGAUUCCUAUCAUUUCCACUUUGAGAGGAUGAGUAACCUUGACCUAUACCCUCUGAGUCUUCCGGUUAGUCGACUCUCCCCGGCCAAGUCCAGCAGUAGUAUUGAUCAGUAUACCCAUCACCACAGCAAAGGGGACUCAGCCUAUAGCUCAUUCUCUGGUGGUUCCACAGUCCCUGAUUACCCUUCUCCUUUUCUACUGGAUGAGCCCCAGUCACAAAACUUGCACUACACCGAUCUGAAAUAUGUGAAAGGUAAAUACAGCCCAACCUUUCUUGAUUCAGGUUCCAAGAGCAUGGACCAAUUUUUCCGUUCCAUGGAAACCGUUGCACAAAAGCAUCACUGGAGCAGCAGUGGCUUCUCUGACACUGAAGAUCCACCAGUUCAUACGCAUCCAUUUCCACCACCACCACCUCCUGCUCGUCUGAACAGUUUAGUAACAACCAGGAACCUUGAAAACUCAUGGGCACGUCAGAGUCCAGAAGGACAGCUUGCUGAUCUUUCUACUUCACAGCAGACGAGUAAUUCAGAGGUCUGUGGUGUCCGGGCUGUGCCUGUCUAUGGUUGCGCAUCUUCACAGCUUAAAGAUCACAUCGAGCAAGACCCGGAGGACGAGAUGCUUGAUCCACCAAAGCCUACAAGAAUUGUAAAUAGAUCAUCCCUGCAAACCUGUCAACCAGAGCCCCUUCAACAGUCUUGUAGCAGUCAAUCCGAAACCCAAAGGAAGAGAUCGCAUUCAGCUUAUGGUGGACCCGUUUCUGAGCACCAGUGCUUUGUCAGUUCCUGCCAUAUGCCGCAAAACAUGACUGGUGGGAGUAUUCAGCACAAAGGACAGUUUUAUUUUGUUACUGGAGUCUUAAAGUCGUCUGAGCCCAGUGCCGUCCAAGGUGCAGAAACCUCCAGUGAGUUGUCUUAUAAAGCUCAUCGUAGAAGGCAGAGUUUUCCUGAUGGUCCGAGUGGUAAACUGUUUUACCAAGAGGAACACAAAUGCAGUAUUCAGAAUGAAGAUGUGGAGCAUCCUAAUGACAAGGCAGUUAAUUCACAUUUCAAGCCAGAGGAGACCUCUGAAGGUGUAGAGGACCAAAGGGUCAUGAGUAGAGAAACUGGCAGGCAUCACUCCACCAGCCACCCUAUCUUCUAUUGUGGUCCAGAAGACAAUUCAGUUGGUACACUUAUGAACCCUGCUCUAAUUAAGGAAGACCAUACCAGUCGUCCCAAGAAAGAGGAACAGAUGACCAGAGUAUCGAGGCGGCCCCAACUGGAUAUUCCAAGUGACAAGAUUAGCAAGGAGACUACCCCACUUUUAUAUCACCUCACAGGAGCGAACAGGGCAUCAUAUACAGACAAGUUCAAAAACAAUAAUGACUGUGGUAUAGAGGUCAAGAAUCCAGACUGUGCCAAAGACAAAGAGAAAGAGAAAGCUGGAAAUGAUGAGCAAACCCCACCCAGCGGUGAAUAUCGGCAGAGUGAAAUGUCUAAGGAAAAACAACCGAAGGAAUUGUUCUACCCAUGUGGUACGUUAGAUGACUCCUACAAGAAGUAUUAUAAGGAGAAACUGAAAGAUGUCCAAUCCAAGGUUUUGAGGGAGACUUCAUUUAAAAGAAGAGAUCUGCAGCUUUCUCGGCCCCACAGGUUCAAGCAGCAGACAGACAAAAAACAUUUUGCUGACCCUUCCAGUCCUCCAUUUCAAGGCAAACUGACCAACUUGGAGACACCUCCCAUGCCACAACUACACAAUCCUCAAGAAAAAGACAAAGAGUACAGGAAGGACCUUGGUCAGGAGAUUGAGAAGGCCAUUGAAAAAGAACCAGAGAAGCCACAUAAUAUUGCUCAACCACAGGUGCCUCGGGUAGGGAGUAGGAAGCGUUUGACAGCAGAUCAGAAGAAACUCUCUCACUCUGAGCCUGAGAAGCUACACCAGCUGGCAGAUGGACCUGCUUAUAUGACCUGCCACUCUCUUGGCAAUGAAGUGGAAGGUCUUCUCUCAGAGGGUGAUCAUGGUCUAGUGGCUGCUAGACGGAAGAUGUUCGAAACACGGGGACGUGCUCUGUCUGCCUCCAAUUUCUCAAAAUCAACUCUGAAGCACCUUCAGCACGAAGCCUUAGUAGCAUACAUGGAACGCAAAACUGGUCAAAAGAUAGCUGAGCCCCAGCACCCACUUCCACAAGUACCCAGCAACAGGAAUUCAACUGCAGAGAGCUCUAGACAUAAUUUUGGCAUUUCAGGCUCCAAUAAGCUCCACAGGCCUCUCUCCGCAGGUCAGAUUCUUGACUCCGUGUCAAACUCUGUUAAAUACACCCAGUUCAUCACUGCUAAGCACUCAAGGCACUCCAGCUGGAGAGAGGAGUCCUCUACAGCAGGGAAGUCCGCCUCUGUGGAGAAUCUCCUGGACCAGCCUGAACAACCCAAGUGCUUUCGGACCCGAAGCACCUCGACUCCCCAUGCUUUCCAGGUUCGGAAACAUCCAGAUGACUUCUCAGCCAAUGAUAAUAAGGCUAUUUUAAGUUGUAAGAAAGGUUCUGUCCCUGAUGAGCGGCGCGUACAAGUCAGAGCUUCGAGAGGGAAAUCUAUGGAAGAGCUUGGUGUAUCCAAGGUCACGAGGCCUGAAGCUCUCAGCAAAAGUUCAGAGCAGCUUGACCAGCUUCAGGGCAUGCAGGUCAAUCCCGGUGCAGAGAAGAGAAUGGUGUCAUUUCUUGCUGAAGGAAGGCGCACACAUAGGAGGAUUCCCAGCUCUGGAGAACACACGGCUGGCUCUCCGGCAGGCCCUGAGAAGCCACUCUUAACCCAUUUUGUAAAGCAUGUAUCCUCCCAUGAUGAUGAAAUCCAUACAGCUUCACACAAUGGACGUAAAAAUAAAGAAGACACCGUUCUGUCCAUGUCCAGUCACUCCAGGCCAGAAAUCAGCAAGGAGCAGGACGUUUGUCAAGAGGUUUCUCUGGGUCACGGAGUCACAACAGAUCCCAGUCUAUGGAUCACAUCUUCUGAGAUAAACGAGGCCGAGGCAAACUAUUGGCCAUCUACUGAAACGGCAACUUCUGCUGAACCCCAGAAUGCACCGCGUAGCCCAUCUGAUGAGUACGAAACCACAUCUAUCACAACACUUCUUAGCAUUCAGGAAACAGAGUCCGGAUCGGUACCUGUACUUAAUAGGGAACAAGACGGGAGCAUAAAGAAGGAAGACGGCCCUGUUGUGAUGGAAAACGAGGUGUCGGAAGGGAACGGUCCGGUGGACAAACUGGAGUGGGAGGUGCUGGUUCGGGACGUGGUCUCAGCUGACCAAUCGUUAGCUGGCAUUCUUUACCCCGUAACCAAUAGGAAGACGGCACUCAUGCUGAUGGAGCAGCUGUUGUCUGAGGACACUCUUCUGAUGGAGGAGCACUACAAGAAAAAACAGGAGCAGAAGGUUAAUAACCCAGAAAAGGCUGCUCACAGCACUGAGAUGCCACUGAAACCUCCGUCAUCUGUGAACAAUGAGUCUGUCCUCUCAAACCAGAAAGAUAACCUGCACAACACCGAUAUCAUCGACAAAAAGAGACGGCUGAUAGCACACAUAGAGGAGCACUUGAAGUGUCUAGAGGAAGUGCGUUCCACCGUCCAGAGCGAGGAGAAGGUGAACGGAGAGCGGGGCGACGCUGUGGAGGCUCUGGUACGAGAGAGCUGUGUGUCAGCCGAGCUUGAGCGCUACACGCAGUUUAUAGAGGACCUGGAGCGUGUGGUCAGUCUGCUGCUGUGUCUGUCGGCCCGUCUGGCCCGUGUGCAGAACGCCCUCAGCACUGCCGACGACAGCAUGGACCCGGAGGAGAGACAAUCGCUGGACAACCGCUACGGUCUCCUGUGCAAACAGAGGGAGGACGCCAAAGACUUAAAGGACAACCUGGACCGACGGGAGCGUGUGGUCUCCAUCUUCCUCUCCAAACAGCUGACGGACACACAGCUGCAGGAGUACCGGCGCUUCAUUCAGACCAAGGCCUCUUUACUCAUCCGUCAGAAAGACCUGGAGGAGAAACAGCGUUUAGGAGAGGAGCAGCUCGAGGCUUUACUCAGCAGUUUACCUCCAUGAAACUGCUCCAGAAACUACCGCACAUGGCUGUCUAGUGCCUGAAGGUGUCUUUUGUGGCUGUUUGUUUUACAGAGAGAUGCUAUAUUUGUGCUGUAGUUGAGCUACUCUUAAGCUGACUUUGGAAACCAUGGAAAGCUUUAUUUAAGAGCCCAGGAAUGGUUCACUGAGACCUUCAAGUAGAUGAAUGAGAAAUGCACUUAUUCAGAUAUGCGUCACAGAGCACUCUCAAAUCAAGACCAAAAAAAGGAUGAAAGAAGCACUUUUGAUAAUAAACUGCACAUGUUGUAAUCGAUCCCAAGCGUUCAUUCGUAUUGAUUUCAGGGCUUCAUUAGUUCAUUGGUCAACAUAAUGUAACUUUUCAUUCUUGCCCUUUUGUCCUGUAAUUUCAUUUGUCACUAUCAUGUUGUAUGUAUAUUUAAUAUAGUUUUGAAGAUUCUCUUUAAAGAUGUAUUUGGUGAAACGAUUGAAGUCUUUAUUAUUUUACUGCCAUCAUUGCCAGUGUUGGGGAAAGUUACUAUUAAAAGUUAUGCAUUAUAAUAUUGCGUCACUCCCAUAGACUGUAUGUGUUGUGCACUUUAAACUCUUUCAGUGUCUUAAAAUAUCAUUAGACCACCCAAACCAGCUUUAAAUUGCCCUGACAGCACGUUCAUCACGGAGACGUCUAUUUGAGUUUUUGCUCAUCUGCGAUACAUCUAUAGCACGUUUCCUAUCAGAUGUCAAAUAGACAUUUAGAAGAUGUCUUUAAGAUGUUUUUGAUUUAGAAUGCAUGUAAAACUAACAUCUUAGAGAUGUCUGUCAGAUGUUUGUACACAGCAGAUGCUUUCCAGAUGAAGUGAUCUUAAACAGGAAUAUUUCUUUAAUAUGUUUUUGUUUUACUUUGUAGUUGAAUAAACAAACUGAAGUUUGUUUUGGCUUUUGGUCACCGAUAAGUCAUGCACAUGAAGUUCUUGUUCAUAUGGCCUGAAAAAAACAAACCCUAGUCAUAUGAAAGACCUAGUUUUCUACAGAAACAGCACCCAGACACAACAUGGAUGCAUUUAUGAUAGUCAGAAACUAUUAUCAGACCACCAGCAUCUGUUUCAUCUGACACUGAGCAAUCAGAUUGUGCUUUGAACUGACAACUGCUGGAUGUGGAUUUAGCAGUGAAUGAGACUGUGUGUCAAUGAGCACUUGUGCACUAUCAGCGUGCUGUGAAUGUUAGUUCAUCAGUGACGCUGUUUUGUCUUGCUGCCAUCUUGUGGUUUCCUGAGUGUUGUGGUUGCUUUUUUAUCUUGCCGGUUUCAAGCUUAUUGUUAUGUGGGAUGCAUAAAUUCCAUAACCUUUGUUUUAUUGCGAAUAAAGUAUGUAAAUGACA